UUCAACUGUUCAGACUGCCAGAUAAUACAGAUAAUAGGUAAUUACUAGGUAUUUUAAGAUUUUAUUUAUUUGAGAUACGAGUGAAUCAUGUGUACAGUUGUGCUCGGAAUACGCGAGAUUUAGUCACUGAUUUAUUGCUAAUAUUCAAAUAUUUCCGUAUUCUUGUUGGCUGUGCUAGAGACUAGAGUACCUCCAGCCGUGUAUCACCACAUUUAGCACGCUUUCCAAGGGAUAUAUGCCAAGACGCCUGUAUCUUGUCGAAACUUGGAACACAUGACACAAUAGACACCCAAAUAUCAAGUCGUUCGCUACCUAUUAAUACUUUCCUAAGAAUCAAUCCCUUCUCGCAAUCUCAUUCACAAUUUAGAAAAGAUGGCAUCUGGACAUAAUGACCCCAAAUUAUUAUACGCCAUCCCGGGUGUCUCGGCCUACCAUCUCGCCUAUGGUAAAGAGGAAUUGCUUACGCCCGCAGGGUCACAGACUUUGUCGUUGUUGAUGGUCCCAACAUCCUCUCCGUACGCCGAUCCAGCACUCGAUAAUCAAGAUGCGCCACCGGAGGACUUCUAUCUCCAUCUCCAUCUACCACCCGAAUUAGACAUUCCUCUGCCCGCGACUACUCAGAUCUACCACCAACCACCAAGAAGCUAUCUCAUCCCCAGAUGGGAUCUUGGUCCUGAUAGCGGCGCCUUCACUCGUAUCGAAUUUCCCCCAGUCGGUAGUCGCAAGGGCCUCCAGGAAGAUGUGGAUACGUUUGAAACCAUCUUGGCACAAUGCACGGCAUUUCUCGAAAGAGCGCCACCACCGAAGACUACGCGAAAGGAAAAGGAGAGGGAGAAGUCAUCCUCUCCAACGUCCCCAAGUUCCAGAAAAGCAUCGCCGACAAUGUCCAAAGCUAAACUUGCGUCGUCGGAGAAGCUUGCGGCAUAUAACCCUGCUACAUAUAAACCUGGAGAGGGCUACGUGAAAGGCAGUCAAAGCUCUCAGCGAGGCGGUCAGAUUGUGCUAGUAGACGAAGAAGAUGGAAGUGUCAUAGGGGAACUGUCAGAGGGAUACCAGGUCAUUGACUCCGACAUAAAGCCGGGCUCUAAAGAUCCUGUUGAGAUUACUCUUCCCGAAGAAGGCAAAACCCAACUUGCAGUUGUCCCAGCAUCACCAGAGACCCUAGAAAUAGAGCUACACCCAGCUUACCAGAAGUCAUUCAUCGUAUCGAAAGCGGCUUAUGCGUCUCGCUUAAUUAUUACCACCUCGGACCUCGUAUCGAAUGCUAUGGCGAGCGGAUCAGACAGCUUCACAAAAAAGACGAAGCCUGUGGGCGAAGCUGUGACCUUCACCCCAGCGACACAUGAUCGCGUCCGUCGGAUAGGCAAAUUUUCCGGUGGCGUGGCUGACCUGUCAUCUAAAACAGUAGGCCAGGUCACUAAGUUGGCCCAAAAUGUAGGAGCAACCAUAUCAGGGCGUGGUCCUAAAGAAGGCAAAAGGGGAUAUGGGCCAGAUGGGAAGCCACUCGAGUCGUUUAAGCCCGGCAUAUUGAACAAGAGUCUUAUGGCCUUUGCAACCGUUACGGAUGGAAUUGACCACGCAACGCGUAAUAUCUUGACUUCGGCAUCAUCGUCUGCGACAAGUAUGGUAACUCACAGAUGGGGUUCAGAAGCGGGAGAGAUAUCGAAACAUCUCGGUGGCAGUGUCAAGAAUGUUGGCCUGGUCUAUAUCGAUGUUACGGGUGUCUCCCGAAAAGCCGUCAUCAAGGCUGUUGGGAAGGGCAUGGUGGUUGGAAAAGUAAAGGGAGGUGGUGAAAUUAUCGUGGGGGAUGAUACCUCCAAUAGUAUACAAGGAAAGGGACCCAAUGACUCAAGGGCUGAUUUAACGCCUGAUUCGUCCAGCAACGGGGGCAAUGGUGCGUCGAAGGGUAAAGCACCAAAACGCUAAUAGUUCAUGGCAUAAACCUCUGUAUUAAUUAAUAGACUAUACGAUUGAUGUAUGAUUUGAAAUGAAUAAAACUUUAAAUG